AUGACAGAGGCUGAAUUUGGGAACAGUUCUAAAUAUCAAGAUGAACAAUUUGUCUCCCAUUCUGAAGUCUUUCCUGAGGCAGAUGUAGACAGCAGUAUGGUGCAAAAAGUUGAUGCUGAAGACCUUCCCAAGAUUUACCACUCAAGAAAUCGCCUUUACAGCAGAAAGGACAUAAGUAGCAUAACAAUGGCAGACUGCAGAUACCCUGAAUUGCCAAUUACUAAAUACAGGGAACAGUUAGUUAAUCUCAUUGAAAAUAAUUCAGUCGUCAUCAUCCGAGGUGCUACUGGUAGUGGCAAGAGUACACAACUACCACAAUAUAUUCUUGAAUACUACUUGAAAAAACCUGCAUUCUGCAAUAUUGUAGUAACACAACCACGAAAAAUUGGAGCAAUCAGUAUCGCACGGUGGAUCUGCAAAGAACGUCAUUUGUCUCUUGGAGGCCUGGUUGGGUAUCAGGUUGGACUAGAAAAGGAAGUUGGUACAGACACACAACUCGUGUAUGUGACAACAGGCGUUCUACUUCAAAAAGUUGUCAAUGCAAAAUGCUUGACUGAAUUUACACACAUCUUCAUUGAUGAAGUCCAUGAGCGUAGUGAAGAAAUGGAUUUUUUGUUGUUGAUUGUUCGCAAGCUACUACGUACUAACUCACGGUUGAUUAAGGUGAUCUUAAUGUCUGCAACCAUUAAUUGUAUGGAGUUUGCAGACUAUUUUGCAGUGCCAUUCCGGAAUAGCCUCACCCCAGCAUACGUAUUUGAGGUGGAGGGAGCCCCACAUAGCAUCGAUGAGUAUUAUCUCGAUGAUCUCCAACAUCUUUUUCACUGCCCGGUUGCACCUUCAUUUACCAAUGAUCCAAAAAUCGUCCCUGAAGUCUAUAAUAUAGCUGAAACUCUGAUCCUCUAUUUUGAUGAACUAGAAAAUGAACAAAGUGGGUCGACAGGAAUGAGCUUGAACCGUGGCAGUGUAUUGGUAUUUUUGCCAGGUUUGGCGGAAAUAAAUUACAUGCAUGAGGUCCUUACGUCAAUGGUUCAAAAGAGGCUGCAUGUAUAUCCACUGCACUCGAGCGUGACCUUGGAAGAACAAAGUAAUGUGUUCCUAACCCCUGUGCCGGGCUACAGAAAGAUUAUUUUGUCAACAAGUAUUGCUGAAAGCUCUGUCACGGUUCCAGAUGUUAAAUAUGUGGUAGAUUUUUGUUUAACUCGCAUUCUGGUUUGUGAUGAAGACACAAACUACCAAAGCCUUCGCUUGAGCUGGGCGUCAAAGAUGAGUUGUAAUCAGAGGAAAGGCCGUGCUGGUCGUGUUUCAAAAGGAUACUGCUAUCGGUUAGUGACACGUGAUUUCUGGACACACUGCAUUCCUGAUAAUGCAAUACCAGAAAUGCAGCGUUGCCCAUUAGGCAGUACUAUACUGAAAGUAAAAUUGCUGGAUAUGGGAGAACCAAGAGCUUUGUUAGCUUCUGCGCUAUCUCCACCUAAUCUGAAAGAGAUUGAACGCACAGUCCUGCUACUAAAAGAGGUGGGAGCACUUUCUGUUGAAAUGAAAGGAGUAGAAAACCCAUACGAUGGAGAUCUAACUUUCUUAGGAAGAGUGCUGGCAUAUUUGCCUGUGGAUCUCCAGUUAGGAAAACUUGUAGUUUUAGGACAUGUUUUUGGCUGUUUAGAAGAGUGCCUUAUUAUUGCUGCUGCUCUUUCGCUGAAAAACUUCUUUGCAAUGCCUUAUAAGCAGCACCUUGAAGGAUACCGGAAUAAAAUGGAGUGUUCAGAUGGAACAUUAAGUGAUUGCAUAGCGCUUGUGAAUGCAUUCAAGGCAUGGCGGAUCUGCAGAGAACAAGGACAGCUCAGAUUUCCCAGGGCUGAGUUGGAGUGGGGAAAAUCAAAUUACAUCCAGAUAAAAAGAAUAAAAGAGGUGGCACAGUUGUACGAGGAGUUGAAAGAACGGGUACGGCGUUUUAAUAUGUAUGUUGAUCAACCCCAUGCAAGUACUAAUGAAGAGUAUGUGCACAAGCAGAGGUUCAUUUUGCAGGUUGUGCUGGCUGGUGCUUUUUAUCCCAACUAUUUCACAUUUGGUCCAAUGUCUGAAGAAGUUGCUAUGAAAGACAUAGCUGGAAAAGAUUCAAAAGCCACAGUAGUGGUGAGGAAUGUGCCACCUUAUGGAUUCCUGUACUAUAAGCAGCUACAGUCUCUGUUCAGGCAGUGCGGACAAGUCAGAGCUAUUUCAUUUGAGGGAUCUAAGGGCUUUGUUGAAUUUGUGCAAAAUCCAAUAAAGAGAACUGAGACACCUGCAGUAUACAUGGCAUUGAAAGAUGGCCAGCAACGUAUUCCCCUGCAGUUGAAUAUUCAUCCUGUGGAAGAGAUAUUGUGCGUGGACUAUCAAAAUUGGGCUGUUCAGCUAAUGCCUGAGGAAAAGUCAAGAGGUCCUUUGGAAUUGCCAUGUGAUCCUGUUCCACAAUUUUUCACCAUGAAUGUCACUGAGGUUGUCGAAGUUGGACAUUUCUGGGGUUAUAGAACAGAUGGUGAGAGCUUGCACACACUAGGCAAACUGAUGACUGAAAUUAAGCAGCUGACAUUAACACCACUGAUUGUGGAACCAUGUCCAGAUUUUUGUCUUGCACCAUUCACAGACUGUAGUGAAACCCAUUACUACAGAGCCAAAGUCUUGCAAGUAUCAGGUGAUUCAGCUGAGGUAUUCUUCAUGGAUUAUGGAAAUACAGCAAGAGGCUACAGAUCUUUGCGGAAUAUUCCACAUAACCUUUUGGAGUUGCCUUUUCAGGCCCUACAAUGCCAAAUCUGCAACAUGAGGCCAUCUGCAUAUUCCAUGAUAUCUGGAGAUCAGUGGAGCACGAAGGCCAGGAGAAAUUCAGCACCUUGUGAAAACUGUGUGCUACUUGUGAAAGUUUACUCCAUUGUGCACAAUGUGCUACGGGUAGACCUUAGCUUACAGACUUCCAAGCCCAACUGUAAUGUGCGAGAAAUCCUCAUUAGUGAAGGUUGCUGAACAGCUGAGGAGACGUAUGAAUCGAAGUUAAGUCACGAGCAACUGAAAACCUUGUUACAGUCUCCUCUCCAGAAAAAGUUGGGUUUAAAUCAACAAGCUACAUGGACUCAGAAAGAGGAAGACUGGAAGCUAAUUCAGGCAUUAGUAAAAACUUUCUCAACUACAAAACUGGAUUUUCCAAGUGCAAAGGUCUAUUUGCAUGGUCCCUUUAAUCCCUAUCAGACCAAGUUUUAUAGUAUGACUGCAAUGUCCAGGUUCAGGAAUGUUUGGAUUGAGAGGGAGAGUAUAAAUUCAAUAGCUCUGAAUAAUGCCCCUGAAGAUGUUCACCAGAGGAUAUUGGUUGGUGCAUCAGUGUCUGUAAAUACCUCAGGCUCAACUAUAAUUGUGAGAGAAACUACAUUGAUGCCAAAUAUCCAUGGGUUACCAGCUCUAAUAUGUAUGAUAUUUGCACCAGUCAUAGAACUGAGGACUGACAGAUUGAAAAAAAGUUACACAGGUGCUUUGUGUGGUUUAGGUUGGAAUCCAAUUACUAGUGCCCCUCUAUUGGAAGAACAUGAUCUGGAAGUUGUAUUUGAUGUACAUUUUGAUGUUAAUGACAUUUUGGAGAUCAAUCUGUUGCGGAGCACCAUAAACAAUUUAGUUUGUGAUGGACUCCUGCGUUCAAGGAACCAAGAAAAAAUACGCAAACUGCAAAAUGAAGCUCGCCUCAGACUGUUAGACAUAUUUAUUGGAAGGAAACCUAGAGAAACUAUCAUACCUCGAUAUUUUGAAAGACCAUACCAGUGGAAUCAGGUGGAUCCGGAACUUUUGAGCUAUUCCAGGGAAGAAAGCAAAAAUGUUCUGUACCACUUGCAUUCCUUGGUACUCCUGAAUCCUUAGACCGUCAUUCUAAAGAUGGGGUAAUGGUCAGCAAUUCUGAGUUAAGAAAGAAUGAAGCUAAUUAAAUACAGAGAAAUGAAUAAUGUUUCUUGUCUACUGUGCAAGUUUGAGUGACU